UCGAUCAGACAUGUCUACGGUUUCAGGUUCAACUACGCUUCAAGAAAACCAAGGAAAGCCUCUGGAUGAGUUAUUGGCUUCUAUUAGAACCUAUACUCAUCAAAUGCGACGUUGUUUGGAUUCAAACCGGUUAAUGGAUGGGUUAAAGCAUGCAAGUACAAUUUUAUCAGAGUUGAGAAGUGAUCAUUUAGGACCAAAGCAGUAUUACGAAUUGUAUAUGGCAGUUUUCGAUGCUUUACGGUAUUUAUCAAUUUAUCUUUUGGAAGCACAUCAGGCAGGCCGUCAUCAUCUAACAGAUGUAUAUGAGCUUGUUCAAUAUGCAGGAAAUAUUGUUCCUAGGUUAUAUUUAAUGAUUACAGUGGGAACUGUAUAUAUGGGGAUAAAAGAUGCUCCAGUUAAGGAAAUUAUGAAAGAUAUGAUGGAAAUGUCCAGAGGUGUUCAACAUCCAAUUAGGGGAUUAUUUCUUCGUCAUUAUUUGUCAGGUCAAACUCGAGAUCAUUUACCAGUUGGUGCAUCAACAGGCCCAGAAGGGAAUUUGAACGAUUCUAUUUCAUUUAUUUUAACGAAUUUUAUUGAAAUGAAUAAGUUAUGGGUUAGAUUUCAACAUCAGGGUCAUUCGAGAGAGCGAGCUAAGCGAGAAGAAGAACGAACAGAAUUGAAAAUUUUGGUGGGUACAAACUUAGUUCGUUUAAGUCAACUUGAAGGAAUUGAUCUUCAUAUCUAUAAAACGAACAUACUUCCUUCUAUUAUGGAACAAAUUAUUCAAUGUAGAGAUGUAUUGGCACAAGAAUAUUUAAUGGAAGUGAUCAUUCAAGUGUUUACUGAUGAUUUUCAUUUGCAAACUUUAGAUCAAUUUUUAUCUGUUACGAUGAAGCUGAAUCCUCAUGUUAACAUUAAACAAAUAUGGAUAUAUUUUAUCGAUAGAUUAACAGCAUAUGUUUCAAAAGAAGCAGAAGUUGAAAGUUUUGAUGAGCGUGUAAAGAAGGAAAAAUUAGCAUUAGAGGCUUUGGGAGAUCAACUUUCAUCUAUGAAUUUAAAUGAGGAGAUACUUGAUGUUAGUGCAGAAAAUAAUUGCUCUAAUGAUAUUAAAGAACAAGAUUAUGAUAUUACGAAUGGUACUAUUAAAACAGAAAUUGACGAUAAAAGUUCCGUAGUUCCUAACGAUGUUAAAUUAUUUGAUUUAUUUUGGCUGCAAAUUAUUAAAUUAGUCAAGGUUCGGCCUGAUCUUCCUAUUCAAGAUAUAACUGCAUUACUUGUUAGUCUUUGUAAUCUUGCUCUUACGUGCUAUCCAUAUGAAUUUCACUAUAUAGAUCAAGUUUUGAAAUAUGCUAGGUUAAAAAUGAUGGAAUAUGUUGAUAGUAUAGAUUUGCAUUCUCCUGAAUCUAGAGACAAUUUUUUGAAGUUACUUUUAGCGCCUAUAUCGUCUUAUUCAUAUAUUCUUACAGUUCUUUUUUUACCAAAUUAUAUACCAUUACUGCAGACACAAUUAUAUCAUACAAGAAAAGUUGUUGCAGCUACUGUAAUACAAUCUCUUAUAAAAAGCAAAAUUUGUAUUGAUACGCCUUCUAUUCUUGAAGGAGUAAUCUCUCUUGUUAGAGUUUUAAUUACUGAGGGAAUGAAAUUAUCUCCUGUGGGAAAUGUUCAACAAAAUCGACGAACUAAAGAUAAUGAAACAGAUGAAACUUUAGAAGAACAAGGAUGGCUUGCUCGAUUAGUUCAUCUUGUAUAUAAUGAAAAUGCAGACAUUCAAUUUAAGCUUCUUCAAAUAUUAAGGAAAAACUUUUUUGAAGGUGCUGAACGUAUAAAAUAUACGAGUCCUCCAUUAAUAACGCAAGCUAUUAAACUUGCUAGAAAAUACAAAUCACAAGAAAAUUUGGAUAAUGAUUGGAACCAAAAAGCAUCUUCCGUUUAUAAAUUUAUUCACCAAAUUAUUAGCAAUUUAUAUACCAAAGUAACAAAUGCAGAAUUGUGCAUACGAUAUUUUGUUAUUGCAGGGCAAGUAGCGGAUCAGGGUGCUUUUGAAGAAAUUGCAUAUGAUUUUUUCGCGCAAGCUUUUACAAUAUAUGAAGAAUCAUUAUCUGAAUCUAGAGCUCAAUAUCAAGCAGUCGUUAUUAUUGCCGGUGUUUUGCAAAUGACAAGAAAUUUUUCUUCUGAGAAUUAUGAUACUCUAAUCACAAAAUGUGCAUUACAUGGUUCUAAAUUGCUUAAAAAACCUGAUCAAACGCGCGCAGUAUAUUUUGCUAGCCAUUUAUGGUGGGUUACAAAUAUUCCAGCCAAAGGUGAACAUGAUGAUAAAAAUCUUUAUCAUGAUGGAUCAAGAUCACUAGAAUGUUUACAAAAGGCGCUUAAAUUAGCUGAUGCUUGUAUUGAUCCUUUGACAAGUACUGAACUUUUUGUUGAAAUUUUGAAUCGCUAUAUUUAUUAUUAUGAUCAUCAAAACGAAUCUAUUCUUCCUAAAUUCCUUAAUAGUUUAAUUGAUCUGAUUAAACAAAAUAUUGAUAAUUUUGACGCAUUGACAUUUGAACCAAAUUCCCGCCAAUUUCCUGUUGUAACUAGUACAUCGUCUAUUUUGGAACCAGAAGGAAAUAUGCAAGAUUAUGUUAUAAAAUAUUUUAAAAGGACUCUUGCGUAUAUCGAAAUGAGGAAAAAACAAGAGCCAUCUCUUUGGAGUGUAAUUCAUACAUAAAUCUAUGAAGAAUAGCGUGUACAAUUAGUAUAUCAUUUUUUUUGUUUAGCGAAUAAAUGGUCAAUGGUACA